AAAUCACACAUUAACCAGUGUUGCAUUAGCAGAACAAUUGAGAUGCAUCGUGACCACACUUCAGCGAUCUCAACACAAAAGCAAAGUCAUUUUCAGUGAUAUAAAAAUGCACCUACCUCAUUCUGUUAGUUUGAAGAGUUGCUGUCGUCUCUCUGAGAGUGAAUGAUUUUUCUGGUCUUCUCCUUUCACCACUGAACUCCUGAAAAACAGAUAAUAUUCUCAGGAAAUUUUGGUGGAUUUGAUCGGAUCAAGAUGCUGCUGAUCAUUGAAGCUCUUCUUCUCAUUUUAUCUGCUCUAGGACAGGAUCACAGAGCUGCUGUUGAAAGAAAGACAUUUCCAUUGGAUAUGGCACCGAAUUCUGUUGACGAUCAAUAUGACGGUUGUACGAAACACAUGGCGAAUCUGGUAACGACUAAAUAUCUACAGAAGGAAACAUCUGACUCAGAAUCUAAAUUUUCAAUUGCUUGGAAAGAUGCUGUAAACGAAAAAAUACCACCAAGAGACGGCUUGACUAUGAAUAAUUUAAAUGCCAUUUAUGUGUACACAAGCUCAGAUUUUGAGCUAUAUAAGAAUUUCAAUAAUGCUGUUCACAAAGAUAAGAAAAAAUACAAAAAGAAAAAAUACGAAUGGUAUUCACUUCACUUUUUGUUAACAGACGCAAUACAGAUUCUGAAGAAAACACAAACAAAUUGUUAUUCAACUGUUCGUGGUACAAAUAUUCCAUUUAAAAAGAAUGUUCAAAACAAAAAGGUUCGUUUCGGGUCAUUUGCAUCCUCCUCUCUUGAUCGUAAAGUAGCAGAAUUUUUUGGAAACGUGUCUUGUUUUGAAAUCUACACUUGUGCAGGUGCUGAUCUGACAAAAUAUUCUAAGCAUCCUGAGGAGGAAGAGGUGCUGAUUCCUCCAUACGAGAAGUUUAAAGUCACUGCUGUCAAGAAAAGAAAAUAUCAGAAAGAUCUCUGGUGUGAGACUGUGUUUGUGUUGAACAGCUCUGGAAUAAGAAGUGACCUCAACUGUGCUCUGUUCAAGAUAGCAAAUGAGACCAUUACAAAGUACUAAGGCUGUUAUUAAAAGUACUGAAAGUGUUUUUGAUAUUAUCAUGUGCAUCAGUUCCAACAUUUUUUCUCUUGCUUUAGUUUGAUUAUGCUUUGUCAGAAAACAAUUUUUUUUUUUAUUUCAACAUAAUGUAAUAGUUAUUUUUACGUGACGCAAUUUAAUGGCCUUCAAGUGAUUUUAUAUUUUUCUCCAAUUCAUGUCUUCAUUUAUACUUUGCAUGAACAAUUUUGUGCUUGCCAUCUAUCUAACUGCCAGUUAUAGCAUAUUAACUGCUAAAAGAGUGCAAUGCAGCUUGCAGCAAUAAAAAAAAAAAGAUUUUUCUUCUUACAAUUUAUUUCAAAUAAAAUUAUUUUUUAAAUAUAACCUUUUCUUAAAGGUCCCGUUCUUCG